UGCUGUGACCUGGCUAGGAACGCAGGUGGGCCACCUCCACAGCACCGGGAGGUGCGUCCCACUUGCUUUGUCUCCGAGCGGAACUGGAGUUGGAAAAUCUUGCUCGCAGGUUGGUUGUUCAGGGACAAGGGAGCAGGGUCGGAGAGUCAUACAACAUCGAAGGGAGAACUGGGGAGACCCGGGUGAGCCUUGGGAGCUCCGCACAGAUCCACAUGCGCUCGCCACUUCACUCUCUUCCCGGGAUCUGUUUCUGACAACCUUGCUGAAACCAGUUGUUGGGAGACUCAUGCAGGCGCUGGCCGAGGAGAGCGAACAGGGACGGAGACUUGGACUGCUCCCUCCUGGAAACCAACUGUCCCUCCGGUCUGCAACGCGUCCAACCUGGAGAUACACUGAUCCCACGUGGCCGAGACUCUAUAACCUUGCAAAGACACCUGCCAAACUCCUUGCCUGCCUAGGCUCAGUGGCCUCUGGCUCCCCGAAGUCAUCCUAGUCCCCAAGUGGUGCAGGGGCGCUGCCCAGCCCGUCCUCCGCCCACCCUGGGCGGAACAGAGGCGGAGCCAGUGCCAGUGGGCGCCCCCGACGGCGGGCGGGGCUAGGCGGACCGACCCGGAGGCCCGAUAAGAGCUCAAGGCUGAGACCUGCCAGAGCUGUGAAGCGCGACUGGAGGCUUACAGGACCUCAAAGCUGAAGUCUGACGCUGGAGGCAGUCGAAGAAGAAGGAAACAGACUUCCUCGGGCUCCCGUCUACCCAUGAGUAAAAGCAAAUGCUCCGUGGGACCAAUGUCUUCUGUGGUGGCCCCGGCUAAAGAGCCCAAUGCUGUGGGCCCCAGAGAGGUGGAGCUCAUCUUGGUCAAGGAGCAGAAUGGAGUGCAGCUGACCAACUCCACCCUCAUCAACCCACCGCAGACACCAGUGGAGGUUCAAGAGCGGGAGACCUGGAGCAAGAAAAUCGAUUUCCUGCUCUCAGUCAUCGGCUUCGCUGUGGACCUGGCCAAUGUCUGGAGGUUUCCCUACCUGUGCUACAAAAAUGGUGGAGGUGUGGGCUUCACUGUCAUCCUCAUCUCUUUCUACGUGGGCUUCUUCUACAAUGUCAUCAUUGCAUGGGCACUGCACUACUUCUUCUCCUCCUUCACCAUGGACCUCCCAUGGAUCCACUGCAACAACACCUGGAACAGCCCCAACUGCUCUGAUGCACAUAGCAGCAACUCUAGCGAUGGCCUGGGCCUCAACGACACCUUUGGGACCACACCCGCUGCUGAGUAUUUUGAGCGUGGUGUGCUGCACCUCCAUCAGAGUCGUGGCAUUGAUGACCUGGGCCCUCCACGGUGGCAGCUCACAGCCUGCCUGGUGCUGGUCAUUGUUCUGCUCUACUUCAGCCUGUGGAAGGGAGUAAAGACUUCAGGGAAGGUGGUGUGGAUCACAGCUACCAUGCCCUAUGUAGUCCUCACAGCCCUGCUCCUGCGUGGAGUCACCCUCCCUGGGGCCAUGGAUGGCAUCAGAGCAUACCUCAGUGUGGACUUCUACCGUCUCUGUGAGGCAUCUGUGUGGAUCGAUGCCGCCACCCAGGUGUGCUUCUCCCUUGGCGUUGGGUUUGGGGUGCUGAUUGCCUUCUCCAGUUACAAUAAGUUCACCAAUAACUGCUAUAGAGAUGCAAUCAUCACCACCUCCAUUAACUCCCUGACGAGCUUCUCCUCUGGCUUCGUUGUCUUCUCCUUCCUGGGGUACAUGGCACAGAAGCACAAUGUGCCCAUCAGGGAUGUGGCCACAGAUGGACCUGGGUUGAUCUUCAUCAUCUACCCUGAGGCAAUCGCCACACUCCCGCUGUCUUCAGCCUGGGCCGCUGUCUUCUUCCUCAUGCUGCUCACUCUGGGUAUCGACAGUGCCAUGGGGGGCAUGGAGUCUGUGAUCACUGGGCUUGUCGAUGAGUUCCAGCUGCUACAUCGGCAUCGAGAGCUCUUCACUCUUGGCAUUGUCCUGGCUACUUUCCUGCUGUCUCUCUUCUGUGUCACCAACGGUGGCAUCUAUGUCUUCACACUGCUGGACCACUUUGCAGCUGGCACAUCUAUCCUCUUUGGAGUGCUCAUUGAAGCCAUUGGGGUGGCCUGGUUCUACGGUGUCCAGCAAUUCAGUGAUGACAUCAAGCAGAUGACUGGGCAGCGACCCAACCUGUACUGGCGGCUAUGCUGGAAGCUGGUCAGCCCCUGCUUCCUUCUGUAUGUGGUCGUGGUCAGCAUUGUGACCUUCAGACCCCCACACUAUGGAGCCUACAUCUUCCCAGACUGGGCCAAUGCCCUGGGCUGGAUCAUUGCCACAUCCUCCAUGGCCAUGGUGCCCAUUUAUGCCACCUAUAAGUUCUGCAGCCUGCCAGGGUCCUUCCGAGAGAAACUGGCCUAUGCCAUCACACCUGAGAAAGACCGCCAGCUAGUGGACAGAGGGGAGGUGCGCCAAUUCACGCUGCGCCAUUGGCUGUUGGUGUAAAGUGGAAGGAGACAGCUGCCAGCUGGGCCAUCUCACAACAGCGGGGACAGGGAGAUCACAAAGGAAACCAACACGUCAAGAAAGGAGGGCCACUUCCACAGUCCCCUUUUGCCAUAUGGAAAAAUAAUCCAAGCAUGGGCUUCAAUCUUUGACUGUUCACACCCAAUCCAUGCCACAAAGAAGCCUCUGUCUGUGUGUGACUGUAAAAACACACACCUCUAUACAGUGAAGUCAACCAUGUCCCUGUCCCUAAUGGGUGGGGAAACCCCUAGCUGGUAUCCUGUCCUGCAAGGCUGACUCCCCCAUCUGUGGUCACUCUGGGAGAACAGGUCAUACUGUUCCCUGCAUUCUAGGAGAGGGACUUUGGUACCUGUAUAUACACUGUGCCAGAAUCCUGUGCUCACGGUAGUUGCCUAGAUAAUUUCUUUUGCUUAAAUUUACAGUGUCAAGUAUCCUAUUUUUUGCUGUUGGUAGAAAAGACAGUUAAUACAUGCCAAGUCCUUUCCUGGUGCUUGGCUCCGAGCAGACACCAUGACCUUAGCAUCCUGUUCACAUAUUACACACACGCAGGGUCUGUUCUGAGCCACGGAGGACAAGGGACUUGGUGCAGGUGACCAGAGGUUAGGGUUUUUUUUUUUCCCUUUAUUGCUGAGAUAAAAUUCAUGAAUUCAGGUUGGGAGACAAGCCCUACUCCUGGCCCCUGGAAGGCCUGGUCAGCUUGCAGCCACUUUAGUAUGGACUUGUAGACCACAGAGAAAGUGUACUUCUCCUAGCCAGUGUGUCCCUGCCUCCUGGACACCUGCUCUUCACAGAGUCUCAAUGCAACCUGAAGAUCAUAUUCUUGGCCUGGAGCCCUGCCUGGUUUUCGGGGAAAGACACCCACUUCUUGGGUUUGAUUUCCGACUGGCUCCUGUCAUACCCAUGGACAUUAUCCAUGUUAUAAAUGGCUUUUUAAAACCAUAUUUAUGUGUGAAUCAAAAUUAUUCUCAAAGUGUAAGGUUAGUUUGUUCAAAUCCAUUUGCUGAAGAGUAGUUAGCAUAAGAAGAAGGUAUGCCAAAAAUACCUUCUCCUGGAGAGCUGGCUUUAACCUCUGAAGUGAAAAGUGGAAGUCAUGAUUUUCCUUGAGCUCAUAACUGUGAACUUUGGCCUAGCCUGUGUCCCAUAGAAAUGGCACCAUGUGUCUGUCUGAGAGCCAACCUUAGGUAUUCUCUGCAAGUAGACAGUGGCACGAAGAUCUUGAAUGUGCUACCAGGGUGGAAAUGCAGGCCUGUUGGCUCUGCAGACUGUAGCGUGGCUGAGAAGAAUCAGGUUUACCAUCUCCUCUCAGAGCUGAGUGGCUCCAUGUAUAAAUCCAGGUGUUGUCAGCAUCUGUUAUUUAUGUCUAUAGCCAGUACCUUGUUGUGGGUCCUUAUAAACAAUAAAAGAAAUAUAUGUUGGAA